GAUAAACUUGUUCCACCGAAUACCAAACAAUUUAUCCACAGUUUUUUUCUUUUAGUUUGUGCAUACAGGAACGCAAGUUUUACAGAAAUGAAAACUGUGAAAGCAGAUCAGACUAUCAGUGAGUUCCUCAAGGAUCUGCCUUCAUACAAUGCCAAGAAUUUUGCUCUUUUCAACACAGAGCAUGGUUUGAGAACAUCUUCAAAACGACCACCUAUUUAUUUGCCCACUGUCGACGUUCCAGCUGAACAAAUAAUUGUCACAGAGAAGAAAAAUAUCCUUUUGAGGUACUUGCACCAGCAAUGGGAUAAAAAGAAUACGAUAAAGAAAAGAGACCAUGUUGCUGAUGCCGUAGAAAACAACCGGAAACGACCACGCCUUGACCGAGAAAAUACCAACUAAGUGGGCCCGCCAGUAGUCAAACACAUUUCUCCUUCUUUUUCUUUAAUUUAUCUCCCCAUCUAACAUCUCAUUAAGGAUUCUGUGAAAUAAAUGUCGUCUAAUGUAA